AUGCCGACACUUUGUUCUCUCGACCCAUUCACACCAGGCAAGCGGCGACCCAAAUGCUGCGCGCAAUACGUCUCCGAAGCUGAAACCCUCGCCCAGGCCAGGGAAGGGCGGGUGCAUGCCCGCCGAGAUUCCAGUGCCUCCUUCGACGAGCGUCUUCUAGCCACGAAUGAGGGCCGUGGGAAGCCAGAGCCUAUUGAUUCACCUUCGGCUGACAUGGAGCUGCAAAUGCAAGACGGAAGAGGCUGCAGACCUCGCGAGCCACGUCUGUCAUUUCUGUCGGCUGUGCAGACUCGACAUCUGGACCUCCUUCCGAUGCCGAAUGACCAAAAAGAAUUAAUACACCAUUGGUCGACGUAUUUGAGCGUGAAGCUUGCUAUAAUUGACGGCCCGGACAAUGUUUGCAGAAGUUCAAUGUGUUCCAGGGCCCUGACCGGUCUCUUGAGCAGCUCCAAAGAAUCCAGCGCCGACAUAACAAUAUUUCAUGCUAUAUGCGCCGGGGCCGCAUUCAACCUCUUUGAGCUUACUCAAGGCAGCGUCAAGGCCCAUGAAAUCCUCGCACUCAAACACGAGAGGCUUGCGCUUAUGCACCUGCGUUACAACCUAGGCCGGCACGAGGAAUUGAAGAAUCAGUCCCUUGGUUUGGCAAUCAUGGCAUGCAUCGUCGUGGAUGCAAUUGCGGGCACCACGGGACGCUGGCGAGCCCACCUUGCAGGUGGCAUGUCUUACCUCAGAUACCUCGCCGCACACGGAUGUGAUACCGAAGACGAGUUCAUUCGUGACAUGCUCUAUAUGGCGAUACUGUGCCAAUUGGAUGUUCAAGAGGGCGGCUGGGACCUGUUGGGCAAACAAUCCAGAGGAAUAGGUCCAGAUCCCUCUUAUGGGGCUUGCAGUUCCUUUUUCAGCAACCUUGCGAGGAUGAACCAAUUUUCGACGGCGAAACACCGACCCCCGACGGACCAAGAGUUGGAUGCGUUCGAGCUGCAACUGCAUCUCAGUUGCCCAUCCCCGCAAUCGCCCUCACUCAAGAUAAAGCCGAACCAUCGAGCCACGGUCAUACACCACGUGGCCAAGGCAUUUCACUAUGCCAGUAUUGUCUACUUCCAACGGAGCAUACGGCGGAGGGCACUUGAUGCCUCCAGCGACCUCGUGGAGUCUGGUGUGCAUGAACUUGAGACCAUCGAGAGCUUGACAAGGGACACCGCCGGUUGUAUGACCAUGUGGCCGGCCCUCGUCCUGGCUGCGGAAGCAUCGACCUUUGAUCUCCAGCUUCGGAUGACACAGUGGUUCCAGACAAAGCACAAACUUGGCUUCCGAAACGUACGAAUCCUUCGUGAAGUGGUGGAGGAAGUGUGGACGAGGAGGGCCCGGAGUUGCGUUCCCCGGGAGGUGUCAUGGCAAGCCGUGAUGGCAGAGCAAAAGUACGACGUGUUCAGGCUAUAA